GAUACAAAUACAUGUGAAAGUUUGAAACAAUCUAUUCAAUGAAAAAAAUAUACCGUAAACUUAUUAUGUCUUAAAAAUUGAUAGACACAUAUAUAUUAUAAUAUAUACCAAUUUAGAAUUGAAAACAAAAUAUUUAUAUAAAAAUAAAUGAAAGCAAAAACUGACGCGGUUGCGCGGAUCGAGAUCUAAUUUUUGUUUAUUUUUCAAUUUUUUCUGGAGGAGAAUAUUUUCGCAUUCGAACCCUCUUGUUAAACAUUAUAGUGGUCUAUAUCGUUUAUACCCUUAAUGAAAAAAAUCUAUAAAUUAACUAUAAAAUAAAAACAAAUCUCUCACGUUAAAAGUUAUAGUGGUUAAUAUUGUAUACCCUUAAUAAAUAAAAAAUAUAAGUUAGCUAUGAAAUAAAAAUGAAUCUAAAUUAUUGUGAUUCGAUAAGUGAUUAAAAUUAAUAAUAAUAAUUAUUAUCUAAAAUCUAAAGAUAAUUCCUCUAAAUAUAUUCUGUUGUUAUGGAUAUGUAAGUACUCAAACAGAAAACCCAUCUAUGAUGUUACACUAUCUUAGGAUAUACCAGCUCUACUAUCUUAAAGAUGUUCAUCCUCUAUUUUAGUACAUAUUUAUGUCAUCAUAAAUUAUAAUAACAAUCAUAACAAUUUCUCUCUAUAUUUUCUGAUUUUCUUGAUUUGUCAUAUUAUCCAUGAUUUUAAGAUAACUAAUUAGUUUGAUUAAUAAUAUUAUUUCAAAUUUUAUUUUAAUAUUUAUAUUUAUCAUGAUAUUUUAGAUAAUUAAUAAACUGAUAUACAUAUAGAUAAACAUAUAUAUAUAAUUUAAUAUAUAUACUUAUCUCUAUAUUUAGAAAAUUUAAUUAAUAAAUAGAUAGUAACAAUAGAGAUUAACAAGUUGGACAGAUAAUUCAUAAUUACGUAUAUCUUAUAUUGAGUUUAUAAUUUUAUGACUAGUAUUAUAGCCACUUUCUCUGAUUCUAAUUGAAAAUAUUGAUUUCAACACAAAUUAAUACAAUAUUAAAGUGAAGAUUAAAGGUGAAACAACAUUGAAAAUAAAUGUCAUAAAAUGUAAAUUGUAUACUUAUGUUCAAUAUUUAUAUAUAUUUAGAAAAUUAAGCAAUCAUAUUCAUAUCCUAAAAUAAUUUAGUUGUAUUUGUACAUCACGAACAUCAAAUUAUAUUUUGAUCCGUAAAAUCACAAAUGUUGUAAAAAGAAAAUAUCUAAAACCAAAAUAGUAAAUAUUAUAUAAAAGACAAAAUUAAAAUAUUAAAAAAAAUAUUAAAGCAUGAAAAACUAGUAUAAACCAUCAAAUAUAUUAAACUUUUUAAAAAUACUAAACAUGAUAUAAAUAUAAUCUAAGAAAUACAAAGAUAAUGUUCUAUAAUUUAUUUAUUUUUUUGCCUUUGUCUCACUGUUUUUAAAAUCUAAAUUAUAGUGAAUAUAUAUGUUUAUUAGGUGUUUUUAUUUGUUGAUGUUUUAUGAGUUGUGAUUGUUUAUAAUCUUUUCAAUGCCAUUUAAUUUGUAGUCCACGAAAACAAUAAGUGUUUAAUUUCAAAUCCAAGUUUCCUAAUUUGAUAAUACUACAGAAAAGGUUUUCAUCGUAAAUGUACAUGCCAUAAAUAUAACUAUGAAAAAAAGCAUAAUUUAAUACAUUGAUUACCAAUAUGAGUAUUAAAAUUUUAUAAUUUAUAUUUAUUAAUUUAAAUUUAGUGUUUAAUUUAAUAAUUAAUAUAUAUAUAUAUAUAAACAAUAAAAUUAAAAAUUAUUUGAAUAUAUAUAUAUAUAUAUAUAUAUAUUAUUCUGCACAAGGCGCAUGCCAUCAACUAGUUAGUUAUAUAAACCUGUUUAAUGUUCCAGUUAAGUUGAUAUUUAUUGUAAACCCAAUAUUUCAACAAUUUAUCCUAAAUAGUUUUUAAAAACUAAUUAUUUUGCUGUCAAAAAAAAAACUAAUUAUUUUAUUUAUUGUAUAGGAGAGCAUAAACAAAAACAUAGACAUGAUCAUAUUCAACCUUCCUCUUUACAUGAUUUCCAGACUUCAGGUCAGACUUUCCCAGAAAAAAAUGCAUGAUUAUUUUCUCUCUUUUUUAUUUUAGAACCAAUAUGUUAUACUCCUACCAUAUAUAAUCUAUUAAAAUAAUCUAUUAAAACUGAAGUACAAAUAAAAAAUUGUCCUUACUUCAUCUUAGUAUUUACAACAUUUGCCACUGAUAUUAUCUCUACAACUUAACUAAUUAUAUUGUUAGGCUUUCAUGCCAUUUUACAAAACCGAAUAACAAGGCCAUUAAGAUUUGAUUACACAAUAAUUUCAUUUGUAUUUCUAUUUAUCAAACCAUAAAUGGGUUUGAUCUUUCGUGGCACUACAAUCUCAGUUAUGCAUAAACUGGGUUAUAUAUAUUAGUAAACCAAUAUUGUUUAAUCAAGUGCCAACAUCUAAAUUGAAUUAACAUUAAAAACCAGCACUAUUGCAUAACCUCGAAAUUUAAUUAACGAGAACAUAAGUAAACCGGAAUGUCGAGCAGUGCAAGUAUCAUACUGAUCUCAAUAUAUGCAUAAAUUGAUUUAUAUAUUAAUAAACCAAUAUUGUUUAAUCAAGUUCCAACAUCUAACUGAAUUAACAAUAAAAUCUAGAACUAUAGCAUAACUGUAGUAAUUUUAAUGUACUAGAACAUCAUUAAACCAGAAUAUAUGUGUAACAUGAAUAAGAUAAAAUUUAAAUUCAUUUGGUUAAGUAUAUAAUAAUUGUAAAUAAAUAUGUUUCGAAAUUUAUCUUUUACAAACAGAAAAAUAAAUGACUAUAGAUUUCCUAACGAUUUAGUUGGACAAAGCAUUAAAACAAGAAUAUCAGAUUUUCUAUCGAUAUGCUAAAAUUAAAACGUUUGAGAGUCCUAAACUCAUUGACUAUCUUAACAGAACAAGUCCCUAAAUUAAAGCUACAUAUUAAUAACAAUAAUAUACGACAUCCGUUUCAAAAUGUUAUAUAUUUUAGAUUUUUCACACAUUUUAAUAAAACAUUUUUUUCUUAAUUUUAAGUCAAUAAAAAUCUAAUAAGUACAAUUAUUUGUUUAAAAAAUUUACUAUUAAUUAGUAAAACAUGGAUUAAAAAUGUAAAAAAUAGAUCUUUUUGAAACAGUUUUCUUUCUCUAGAAUAUGUAACUUUAUGAAAUGGAGGGAGUAUAAACUUGCUAAUCACACUUUACAAUUAAUUUUCCAAUACAGUUUAAUGAAUAAAACCAUAUUAAUAUUUAUUCUAAUUGGUUUUAUACUUAUAUAUACAAACCUAAUGAUGUGAACAAACAUCCAAUAACUAAUGUAAAUUACCACUUCAAUUUUUAAUCAACAUAGAAUACACUAUUAUCAAGAUCACAAAUUAUUCACACAUAUACAAAUUUAUAACAAAUUGCUAAACAAUAAUAAAUAUUUGACAUUACAAACCAAAAAACACCCGUGCGGAUGCACGGGUCAAAGUCUAGUUAAUCAAUAAAACUAUAUCUUUGAUUUACUUCUCUUGCUUUAUUUAUUUACUUCAUGUUUUUGUAGUAUGACGAACAACCAUAUCUUUAAUCUUAUAAAAUCAUUGUUAAAUGUUAUUAACCAUUUAUAAAAGUAUUAAAAUAUUUAUAAACAUGUAUAAAUCAGUUAUAGAAUUCAUAAAGUAAUGUAUAAGAAUUUAGAAACUAUUCUAAAGGCUUAUAAAAGAGUUUUAAAUAAUGCAUAAGUGAUAAUAAAUAUUUUAAAACAUUUAAUCACAUUUAGAAAUAAACCCACUCAACUAAAGAUAAAUCACAAAAUAACCACUCAACUAAAAAUUCGACGAUAGAACUUCUCAACUUUAAUUCUGUUAAUUUCUGGCAUCACCCGUCUUAAAUUCCAUGACGGAGGGUGACAUAUAUUAACAUAAUUAAAAUUGAGGAUUUCUUCGUUGAAUAUUUUUUAGUUGAGUUUUUUUUUACGUUCUAUUUUUAGUUGAAGGGGUUUUAUUACUAAAAGUUCUAUUAAACAAAAUAAUUUUAAACAUCAUUAUAUACUUAAGUUAGUCAAAUAUAAUCUAAUUUACUUAAUUUAAUUAUUUUUAAGGAUAAAAUUUUCUUAUUUGUCUUGAAAUAUAUAAAAUAGAGGAAAAGAAAAUUUUGGUUAGCUUUUCGGUAUUGUUUUGAUAAAACCAAACCAAAAUAUAUACACUGCUCAUAAAUAUCAAAAAGGAAAGAAAUCUAAUUAAAAAUCUUUUAAUAUAUUCCUGACACUUGAUGAUAGAAAGUUUGACCAUAUCAAUUGUUUCCAAAGUAAAAUGGUUUGAGUUUUACUAUAAAAAUACCAACUUUCUCGUAUACAAUACACAUUUCUUCUCUAAUCAUCAUCCUCAUAUUCUUUGAUUCGGUUAGCUUAGCUUCCUCUAAAUAAAAGAGUUUUCUCCCCAACAAAAAUAAGCGAUUCUAAAGAAAAAUUCAUGGAGAUGACGUCCUACUCGGCUUCACAAUUGAUUUUCAGCAUUGCCCCUCCUUCUCCAGAUGCCAUUAUCGGGCCUCCAGAGAUGGUGGAAAGUUCCGGUGGCAAUCAUGCAACAAUGAUGAUAUCCAACAACGGUCUUCCUCAUCAGCAGAUGGACGUUGAUCAGGCUCCUGAAGAUCACAACAUUAUUGAUCUAAACGUCGUUCCUUCAUCUCCAAAAACAAGGGAAGAUGAGGUAUCAAACAUUAUUGGAACCUUAAGAACGGGCAGAUACAAUGAAGGGGUCAUAAUUCAAAUGGAAAGUGAAGAAAACAAUCUUGACGAUGGUUAUAGCUGGAAAAAAUAUGGUCAGAGACUCAUCAUGGGGAACCAAAAUACGAGGAGUUACUACAAAUGCACAUUUGCUGGGUGCGAUGUGAAGAAGCAUGUGGAGAGAAGAGCAGACAAUGUGAAGUUAUUGGUGAUUACAUACUAUGGGAAUCAUGAGCACGAUGCACCAGUUCAACGCAGAAAGUGUUACUCUCUAAAGAAGAGGUCAGGUUCUUCAAUGUUUCAAGAUGCUAGCAAUCGAACCCCUCGUGUCAACAGCUCAGAAGGGGAAACAGUUUGAUUGUAUCAAUCAUAUAGUCAUAUUAUACUUCAUUAAUAGAUUCGUAUGUAACAUGCCUGAUUAUAUCCAUCUUCCUUGAUGUCAAGCCAUUAAGUAUUUGGGAUUAGCUAUGAUAUUUUUCUUUACAAGAAGUGUGUGAAGCCUUAAGUUUCAAGCCUUUGACUUGCUUUCCGAAUAAGCGAGAAAGUGUGAAAUUGAAUUGGGUUUAAUAUUCUUUUUAUGCUUUGCAGUACUUAGUUAUAUUUUACUUGCCAGAAACUCUCAAAUUUCUAUGGUUACAGCCACUACUUGAGUCUGACUAACAGAUUCAAAGUCGCUAGAUAUAACUCAAAUACAUUUAAUGUUUUUUUUCGUUUCUUAUCUAUCAAGACAUUAAUUGUCUAUACAUAUAAUGGAUCAUAUUUUUAAAGAAAAGGAAUCAUUUUGAAGAAAGUUUUUUGUUGUUGAUUUCUAGACAUAUAUAUAUAUAUAUAUAUAUAGUGUUUCUUUCCAUGUGUCUCUAUUUUUAUAUAUUGUAUUAGUCUAAUAGGUUUGAUCUGUAUUACAUUUGAAUUCCUUGUAUUAUAACCAGAGCCAGCAUGAGCUCAUUGGGUUGAAACAUUUUAAUGAGACUCUAUCAUAUUUAACAGUCCCAAAUUGUUGCAAAACAUUAUAUUUGUAUAUUAGUUUGUAGAAAUAAUGAAUUAACAUGAUAUAUAUGAAAAAUGUUUUUUUCUAAUUUAAAAAUUUAUAAUUAUUAAAAUUUAUUUAAACUAUUCCAUGCAUAAAAUUUAUUAAUAUUUAAAAUUAAAGAUUCAAAGUUGAAUUUUGUCUUCUUAUUUUUUUUUUGUUUAGAUAUAAUUUGGAUGGGACCCUAUAUUUCCAUGACCGUUUUUUUGUCUUCUUAUUUUGUUUUGGUUAGGUAUAAUUUGGAGGAGACCCCAUAUUUUCAUGCCCAGGCUCUGUUUAUUACUUAACUUUUAAUGAACCCAUAUUACAAACAAUUUUUGUGAAGAAAGGAAAAUCAAUGCGGCAGUGAAAUAAAAGAUUGUUAGGGGAAAGGCUAGUGGGUGAAUUACAGUUUUUUCGUGGUCAUAGGCUCCAGUUUCUCGUCAAAUGGCUUAUUGGCGAGAUAGCCAUAUUUGGGUGCUAAAUUAAGGAACUAACAAUAAUUUUUAUAUAAUGCAUUGUCAGGUUUUUUGGCUUCAUUCCACCCGGUUAUACCCCUUCAAGUUAUUGGUUGCCGGUUCCAUAUUAUAAAGUAAAUGACAUGGUAGUUUUGUGUCGCAUAGUAACAAUCACAUAUUUUACGGAGCGUGUGGGGCACCUGUAUUCAAAGCAUAUAUGUGCAUUGUAGGGUGAGUACAUGUUGAAAACGUAUAUUACAUGGAAAGUUCUAUUCCAUAUACUAUAUACAAUGUUAUUUGUUACGAUUUGCAUAGUACAUCCAUGACUAAAUUACAUAAAAUAAAAAUCUAAUGGAGAUUGGUACGAGAACACUUGACAAUUAAAUAUAAACCCUCAUCCAUUGCAACCCAAAUCUUUCAGAAAUUAAACUCACCUUCCAGAAUACCCUUCUAUUUUGGAUAAUUAAGUGAUGACAAUGUUAACUUACUCAUAAUAUAUGUGCGGGUGAGUAAACGUUGAAAACAUAUAUUACAUGGGAAGUUCUAUUCCAUAUACUACAUACUAUGUUAUUUGCUAUGAUUUGCAUAGUAUAUCCAUGAUUGAUUUACAUAAAAUAGAAAUCUAAUGAAGGAUUGGUACGAGAACACUUGACACUAAACAGUAAACCCAAGUUAGGGAAAUAUAAACCCUCAUCCAUUGCAAUCCAAAUUUUUCAUAAAUUAAACCCACCUUCCACAAUACCAUUUUAUUCUGGAUAAUUAAAUGAUGCUACUGUUAACUUACUCAUAAUAUGUGCGUUAUAGGGUGAGUAAACAUUUAAAAUGUAUAUUACAUGAUAAGUGCUAUUCCAUAUAAUUCAUACUAUGUUAUUUGCUACUAAAUGUUUUAAAUCCAGACUUGAUUUACAUAAAAUAGAAAUCUAAUGGGGGGAUAGGUAAGAGAGCACUUGACACUAAACACUAAACCCAAGUUAGGGAAAUAUAAACCUUCAUCCAUUGCAACCCAAAUCUUUCAGAAAUUAAAUCCACCUUCCGCAAUAUCCUUCUACUUUGGAUAAAUUAAAUGAUGCCAAUGUUAACUUACACAUAUUAUAUGUGUGUUAUAGGGUGAGUAAACAGUUAAAACAUAUAUUACAUGAUAAAUGCUAUUUCAUAUAAUACAUACUAUGUUAUUUGCUACUAUGCCCCUUUUGCUACUAAAUGUUUUAAAUCCAUAAUUGAUUUACAACAAAGAUUGAAAUAGUUGUUAAUCCUUUUCUUGCCAAUGGGUUCAAAGCUUGUCUCAAACAAUCUACUUGGAAGGCCUAACUCAUCCAUGCCAAACCUGAAAAAUUAAAGUAAGAACGGCAAACAGUGAGGACGGUGGAAGCUAUAAUAUAGAAUAUAGAAAAGAAUUAUCACUCAAACAGAUUUAAGUAUAGAUACGAAUGGAAAAUCACAAGAUAUAAAACUACAAUUCCAUGUAAAGUAGAAUAAUUUGAACUUAAAAUUUUAUUUUAUUCCACACAAUAAUCAAUAUUUCUACACUAUCUAAUAUGUAUCGCUGAUACAAAAAAAAACCAAUUCAAGCUUAAGAAAGAAUAAGCACAACCGAGUAUAAAUUGUAGAGCUCAAUAUACCUAACAGAUCUGACAUUCACCGUCAAGAAGGCUGUAUAUUUAACAGUUAUAGGGGUUAACAAGUAUAAGGCAGUGCUAUUCCACACGAGAAAUUAAAUGCUUAAGUUGUGUAAUUCAAAAGACUGACAGAUUAAACAGAACGAGCAAAACAUAAACAUAAAUCAAAAUGACCAACUCAAUAAAUACAUUGCAAACAAGGGAAGGUCAGCCAAGCAAAGCAGAAUAUCAAGUGAUACUAUCCCAAGUGGAAUAGUCGGGUUUGUGAAGUUGGAGAGGAAAGGUAUGUUACCAACCGCCGGUGAAAUACUAACGCGGAAGACGAUUGACAAGGGAAUACGAAGGAGAUGGAAAAGCUUUUGAUUGCAUGCGGAUGCAAUGCGUUGGAGCAAAUCGGCCCCGGAGACCUUUCGACUUAAGAAAAUUAUCAAAGGAAAUUAAAAAGGAAAGAUGUGAAGUAGGGUAAGACACAAUUUACUUUUGUGCGGUUAAUAAUUAAUAAUUUUAAUUUAUUUUUUUUGUCGGUUGCGCCGGUUAUACGAAGGGAUAUUACAGUAUUAAUAUGUAUAUUUAACGGCGUGUCUAUGACUGUUAGGGGAAAUGGCUAGUGGGUGAAUUACAGGUUUUUUCGUGGUCAUAGACCCCAAUUUUUCAUGAAGAGUAUUUAGGCUCCGUUCCAUAUAACAAAAAAUCGUAUUUAAGUAAAUAUCCCUUUACUGUUUUUGGCGAUGUUGACAAUUUGAUAAUUCUUUUCUACCUUUCACCCAUGUUCCCUUCUCUCUUUCCUAUCUACUUAAAAUCUCCAGAAACAUUUUCACUUCUAUUUCUACUGACUUCAUCUGCACAUUUUUCAACCAUAAACAAGUUUAAUCCAUUGUUGCCCCUUGUUCACUCUCCUCGUUAUUGUCAUUGUCUCCUAGACCUCCUUGAAAACCACAUAUGAAAACGACAUUAUCCUGAUUGAAACAGUUGUCAAGCCUCGCCAUACCAAUAACGUUUGUGGCGAGGCUCAGCGUUAAUAUUUCACCGCCGUGUUGUCAACUACAUAUGCUCCGUUCAACACAUCAUUAUGUUCUAGCGAGUAUGUCUCUUUAGACGAGAUCAUAUGUAACUGCUCCGGUCGUUUAUUCAAAAUUAAUCAUGAAAUGAUAUGGAAGAUUUUACAUGGUCUUAUUGAUAAACAUAUAAUUAGAGAAAGAAUGGUUUUUUUCCUGAGAUUAAGACGAGGACAUGAAUCUCACAUAUUUCAACUGCGAGUAGUUGUAGCUAUCAUGUAACAUUCUGGCUUGUCAUUAACUGAUAAAUAUAUGGUUAGUUGCUAUAGAUUAGGUGUUAUGAGGUGAUACAUGUUUUGUUAUCUGUUAAGAACUGUGGUUGAUGUUAAUUGAUAAAUGGUUGGUUAAAUGAUACAAAGUAUCAUGUUUGAUUAGCUGUUACAAAGCAUGUUGCCGCUUUUUUAAAAUGCUGGUAAAAUGUUAAAAGUAGUUUUCGAUAGUUGAUACAUGAUUUAUUAGAUGCUGAAAUAAAUUAACAUGAUAAUUUAAUCAUUACCUAUUUAACUUCUACAUUCUUGAUGUUAACAAUACGUAAACUAUUAUGUUUCGUCUAAAUACUCCUAACUUAUAUGAGUAUUUAUUACUAUAUAUAUGUAUGCAAUUGAUUCUUUUAUAAUUUACAUGUAAAUAUAGGUCGCUAACAAAACAUGCAGUAUAUGUUAAUAUAAAUUGAUACAUUCGUUGGGAGCAUACCUACGGAUUGAGAAAUUACCCACUAACAAUUCAUAUCACACGUUACGGUAAAGUAGCAAAUUUGGUUAACAUACUAGUAAUUUACACCCAAAUUAUUGAACGUAUUGUGAUUCUCUCUCCUUGAAACUAGCAACAGAUUGUUAAUUCUAUAAGGUCCAGUAAUUAAUCGCAAUCGAUCCAAUCCAAUGAUUUUCAAUUUCAGGAGCAUAUAAGAAGAUUCAUAAUUGAGGGAAAAUCUGUUGGUGCGCUUCAGAUUGAUCUUCCAUAACUCUGAGAGCUUUGCAGGAGGCAUGUCUUUCUUUGGGCCAAUGAUUUAUGACAUACAUGGUGUCCAGCGUCGGGGUAAUUAUAAUGAUGGUGAAAACAAAUUAACAAGGAGCAAAGAAGAGAGAAAAGAUCGUACGAAGAAGAAGAAUAUACUCUUACGUGUUCAAUCAAAAAAAAAAAGAAGAUAAAAUGGUUUGUCUGUCAUUUUUGCUACAGAGAAUCUGAAUUUCCAGUUAUAAGGGUAGUUUCCUAAUUUUAGCUUAAGUUAGGUAUAUUGAGCCAAUUGACUCAUUAAAGAAUACACAUAUAAUUUAGGCUCUUUUCAUUAGUUGAAAAUCAAGGACAAGCUAAAUACGAUUAACCUAAAUAUAUUCUAUUAAAAGUACUUUGAUGAAACUACAAUUUACCUAACGUAUAAUUUAAAUUUAUAUCAUUGGAAAUUUUAGAUUUUAUAGACAUUCAUUAAGGAUAACAUUCUAAAAAUUAAUUUCAAAUGAAUUAGUUUAAAAAUUAAAAUCAAAAUAUUUUUAUAUCUUUUUAGUUUAGUUAUAAAUAUAUGUUUUCAAUUCCGUUAAAAAGAAGAAAUAUGAAACAAGCAUUAAUUUUACUGUGAUUUACAAUAAAUAUCAUUGGAAAUAUUUGAAUUCUAAGAUAUUAUUAAGUUUAAUAAUGUCAAAUUAACUUACUCAUGUUUAUAUUUUUUAAAUAUAAAUGUAUAAUAGUUUUUAUUAUAUUUAAAUAUGGUGAGGUAAAUGUAUUUUAAUAAAUAAUUCAUUAAUUUCAUAAUUAGUAAUAGAAUACGUCUAUAUAUGAAUAUUAAUUCGGUUUAAAUUGAUAAAAAAAUCUAUAAACUCUAUAAUCCUAGUCUAUUUUAUUAACGAAGAAUAAAUAUUUUAAAAUAAAUAUUACAAAACCAUAUUAAAUUGAUAGUUUAACCUAUGUUAUUUUUAUUAGUAUGAAAUUAAUUUUAUCUAAUCCAGUAAAUAAAUAAAAAAUCAAGUACUGUCAGAAUGCAAUGAACUUGUCAACUAAAUAUAAAAAUACAAUUGUUAACAUAUCUUAAAUCUCUACAUCUAUAGUUAUAGUAGGUGAUCUUUUAAGUGAUAUUCACAUGUAUAAAUAUUAACAAAGUAAAUAUCAGAAAUAUUGGAUAAUAUUUUAUUUUUCAUUUUUAAUAUUUUCAUAAUUUAUAUGUAUGGUUUGUUAUAUCAAUAUUAUGUUACUUUAAUUAGACAUAUGAUUUUAGAUAUAUAAUUUCUAGUCAGUUUGAUUAUUAUUUGAGUAUAUUGAAUUGCAUUUACUUAUAUAAAUUCAAGCAUGAUAAUUUUCUUAUUAAUAGAUUAAAAUUUUUAAUUAAUAUUGUUAUUAGCAUUUAGCUUAGUUGGUGUCUACGAUUUAAAUAUAUUUUAGUAAUUAUUUUGAGAAUCAAGCGAAAUGAAAGACAAACUAAGGUUGAAUAUAAGUAUGAGUUUUGAAAACUCCUGAAUAUAUAAAUUUUACAAAAGAACUAAAAUUUUAUAAUUGGUUGAUAUGUUUAUUUUCAUAUAUUAAUAUUAUUAUUAUUCAUUUUUAGUUUAUAUGUAUAAUAAUAAAUUAAAUAUUACUAUAAAUAAUAAUAAUAUCUUGUAAUUUUAAUUAUGUUUUCAAUUUUGGAUGAAGAAUAGAUUACUCUGUUAUUCAUUUUGUGGGUAUAUUAAGUUGAGAAUUUGUCUAAAAUAUCACUUCCUUGUACCAUAUUUCAUUUUACUUUAACCAAUUUUCCCAAAAAAAAUUUAAUGAGAAAAAUAUCAUUCUACCCCUGACUAAUUAAACCUAAACUACACUCUUCUUUCCCACGAUUUCUUAAAAUCCCAGAUCCAAAUUUAAUGUGAUCAGAUCCGGCGCUAAAGAGUCUCCGGCACUGAAGAGUCUCCGGCGCUGACGAGUUCUCCGGCCAGAUCCGACGACGCUGACGAGUUCUCCAGCCAGAUCCGACGACGCUGGCGAGUUCUCCAUCCAGAUCCAACGAUGCUGGCGAGUUCUCCGGCCAGAUCUGACGACACUGAUGAUCUCACGAACAAGACAAUCUCUGUGACAAAGCUAGCAAUGGUGACCGGAAAAUAGAUGGUGGUUUUCGUCUCUUUGUUUAAUUUAGCUUGAUUUCUCAAAAGCGAUCAGUUUCUGGGAAGGGAGACGAGAUUUUCUCAUGAAUUUUGUAAAUCUAAAAUUUAUAAAACCUUAUCAAUAUUUAUCUAUGAAGAACAUAGUGCUUUUGUAGCCAGGAAUAAUAAAGUUUUCAGUAAUUUGGAUAUGGAUCCCAUGGAUACGCUUAAACUGGCAGAAACAGAGUCGACAUUAUGGGCUGAAGCACAAGUCUUAAAUGUUCAGGGAACAGCUCCACAAAUAAAUACGACAUUACCAUCAAUUCCUGGAAGAUGGUGUUUUACGGAUGGUUCUUGGAAAGAAGGUUCUAACUUCUCAGGACAAGGUUGACUCAGUACUUUGGUAGGGUUUGAUGGAUUGAUGGGGGCAAGGAAUGUUCGGGCUAGUCUAUCGCCUCUUCAUGCGGAGAUGGAGGCGUUAUUAUGGGCAAUGGAACGUAUGAAGAAUUUACGUCAAUUUCAGGUUACGUUUGCAACGGAUUGUUCUCAAUUGGUGAAAAUGGUUUCGGAACCAGAGGAGUGGCCAGCUUUUGCAAGUUAUUUGGAAGACAUCAAGACCCUGAAAGAGUUCUUCACCCGAUCAGAGAUUCUCUAUGUACCACGGACGCAAAACUCAAAGGCGGAUAGUCUAGCUCGCAGUGCUAGGAAGCAACCGUCUUUUGUUGUUCACAUGGAUGCAGAUCACUCGGUUUGGUUUACAGAGUCAAUAUGAGUCUGUAUAGUUGAUGACAAAAAAAAAAACAUAGUGCUUUUGUUAUUAUCGCUUUUGAUAUAUGUUGUUGAUCCUUCGUGUUUUGAGUAUUUUGUGUUGAAUAUCCUUCCUUAAUCGCUAUAUUUCUUAUAAUCAGGUAUAGAGUUUAACAUUUAUUUAAUUCAUGAGAAAAUACUAAUUGCACCAUGAUUACUUCUUAUGUUGGUUGAUUUUGAUUAGAAAGGUAUGCUGUGAGCUUUUGGAUUUAAUAAAUGAUGUGGAGAAUAUGCGUGGUGAUAUGCAUAUCAAGUACCUACAUUCUUGAGGUAAUGCAAAGCCACUAGUUGUAGUUUGACUAACAAGGUUUAGUAUGUGUAGUAUAUGAGGUGGACGGUUAUUAUUUUGGUAGUGUAACAUUCUGUUUUACUACUUUAUGAAAUUCAUGUCUUUUAUCUAUUGUUUUGUGUAUAAUAUAUGAAGAAGCAAUGGAGAUGGAUCAUGGGUUUGUUGAGCCACAGAAGUAUAUUUCUUCUUGUUUUAGACACGUUCGUCAAUGGCCUUUAAUAUUAAAUGUAUUAUAAGAGUUAUAUUUUGCUCUGCUUCAAAGCCAUCUCACUGAACUCUUCAGGCACGGAUUCUACCAAGUCUGAACCGUAGCUCAUGUAUUUGAAGAAGACCAAGAAAUCAAUGGGCCAAAGAUAAAUAGUUUAUAAAUUAUUAUAAAUGUUAACUAUUUUGCUAAAUAAUUUAUAAACCGUUAUAAAUAAAUUUAUAAAUCUUAUCUAUUUUGUAAAUUCUUGUAAGCCUUGUAAAAUGAUUUAUGAACGGUUUAUAAACUCAUUUUAGUUUGAUAAGGGUUAUAAACUGAUUUAUAAACCCUUAACAAACUUUUUAUAAUCCCUUUAUAAACUCUUCAAAACUCUUUAUAAACCCUUAAAAAUCCAUUACAAGCCCUUAUAAUUUAGAAGAAUGUUUUUUACAAAUCCUUAUAUGAACAAACUAAACCAUUAAUGUCUUAAAAUGAACUCUCAAACAAGCAAA